AUUAAAGAAAAGCUUUUACUUCUCCCCUCUUCUCUUCUCUUCUCGCCUCCCUUUUCUUCUUUUCUCUCUCUCUCUCUAUCUCAGCUCAAUUUCAGCCAUGGAUGAAGAUUGAAUCGACAAGAACUCAAGAACCGCCCCCUUCUCUCUCUCUCUCUCUCGCUUCCUUUUCUUAAUUCGACCUCUACCCUUGCUCUUUCUUCCAACCGCGUCUGAUUAUGGAGUCUCGCUACGGUUUUCUUUCUCAACGGUCGACCUAAUUUCGCAAUUACUGCGCCUCUUAAUUGUAGCUUAGUUUCUAUUCAGCUCAUCUUUGUUUUCCUAGAAUCAACCAUGGCCGUCGCUUUUGAUGGCUUCUCGAUUCGAGAGUACACGGCGAAGAUGAGGAGCGUCGACGUGGCGAAAUGCUGGCCGUUCUCGGAGAAGGCAGUGACGAUGAAGAGUUCGGAAGAGGUGGAGGCGUUGCUUCCGCCAAUCACCGUCGCCAAGUUCAAGUGGUGGUCCCACGAGCUUCGCCGUCUUCGAUCCACGCGCCGCCUUGAGGAAGAGAAAUCCUCGGCAGCAGACGAGAAAUUGGAGAUGGUCUGUCCCGUUUGCCGAGUUUUCACGUCUGCCACGGUCAACGCUGUGAACGCCCAUAUCGAUGAGUGUCUUUCCGGUCAUACUCCUCAGCCGCUGAAGGAGGCGCGUCGACAGAUCGCGAGGAACAAUUGCAAAGCGUUGAAACCCAAAUCGAAGCCGCCCAAAAAGAGGUCGAUUACCGAGAUUUUCGCUGUGGCGCCUCAGAUUGAGACGAUUGAGAGUAGUGAGAUGAGCGAGAAGGGAGGUGAGGUUGAAGAUGAAAAAAGAGAAGAAGUACUUGCUGAUGAUUCCCAAGUUAUCUCAAGUGUGAGUAAAAGUAGUAGUAGCAGCAGCAGCAGUGGUCCAAUAAUGAAGGCCAAGAAGAAGAAUGCUCUAAAGAAGAUCUGUAAGGAUAAGAAGAAGAAGAAGAAGAAAAGUAUAUUAAUGGAAAAGGAUAGUAUCGCAAGCGUGCGUGUUUUGAAGAAGCUCAAGGAAAAGAAGAAAUUUAAGAAGGUGUUGAAGAAAAGGAAGAAUGUUGAUUUUUCUAAUUCCACUGCAACUAAGGGAAGUGCUCAAAAAUUCAAACUACAAAAUCAUGUGAUUGCAAAAAGGCUGAAGAGGAAGUUUCCGACAGAUAUCUCAAAUUCUGAUUCUGUCAGUGGAAAUAAAACAAGUCCUAAAUGCUUAUCUACAGAAGAGAAGCAAAAUGGUAUUGAUCCUCCCAAAUUGAUUGCGUGGAACCAGGAACCUGCCUUCCCCAUUCGCAGUAUUCUUAAGAAUCAUACCACUUGUGAGCAGAAAUCUACUGAUCAUGAAGAUUUUCAAUGUGGUAGUGAAGCCAAUCCUUGUGGUAUUCUGCUAUCAGAAAGGCAUGUUCGAUUUUUGGACAAAGAUGACAUACUUGGACCAAAAAGUAAAGAGGUUUGUUCCUCUGAGGAAAAUGAUAGAAACUUACUUUCAGACGCCCUUGCUGCUUCAUCAGAAGAUGUUCAGUCAUCUCCCAAUAAAACAGUAGCUGUGGAGAUAAAGGGAAGUGAAGCAGAUAUCACUUUUGGCACUGAUUUUGGAAGUGAGGUUCAAACUGUAUUAGGAAGGAAACAGUUGACUGAUAUCCCUCAUGCAGAUAUUCCAUGUUCUCCAAUGCUACCCGUAACUAUUCAUGACAAAGGGAAGCUUUUUCCUGAGAAAAGUACUUUACCUUCAAGUCAACGUGCAAUUUAUGGUAAUAAUUUGCAUAUGGUUGAUCAAGGCUACCAAAACAAAAAUCUUAAACAUGGAUUUACUGGCAUGCCUAGACUCCUUUCAACACUGGAAGGAUCUCAUGGAAGCACUCAAGCAACUGGUAAUGUUUCUAGAAUAUUUAAUUCUAAUGGAAGAUUGAUUGAUCAUGUUCCAGAUCCUAGUCACAAAGUUGCUGAGAUUAUGCCUAUGGCAGACACGAGACCAUUUUCAGAACCAUCCUCUAGUUUCACUGCCAAUGAAAAUGCAAACCAUAGGCUUCAGUUCCAGUCACAACCUGCUGAGGAAAACAUCCUUGGUCAUACAUUGUGCUACCAAAAAUUGUGUAAUAGGCGUCCAAUGGACUUAAUUGGUGGGUUAUGUUCUUUUCCAGAGUGGAAUCAUAGAGCAGUGGCCUCAAGAGAAAGGACCAUGGAGGAGAAUUUCUUCGGCUUGCCUCUCAAUUCACAAGGUGAGUUAAUCCAGUCCAAUUCAAGGGGUAAAGGUUUGUAUAAUCAGCUGAGGGAGACCAAUUUUGCUGGGUCUUCAAGUAGCUUUUAUGCAUCACAUAAUCUUACCCAGCCAAGAAUUACUGGGGAUUACUUGAGUGUGACUAACAAGCAUUCUGCAGAGAGAGAUUUUCCAAAUGAUCGGGUAAAUCUGUUCCUUGCCCAGAAUUUUGUAAAAGAGAACACUGGCUUACAAGUGCCAGCUAGGUUAGGUGUUGCUUAUUGGGAAAGUACUGGUAGAGCAGAUGUUCACCAGCUUGAUUUUGGGAGAGUAAGUAAUCAUUCUUUUCAACCACUUGAUGCAGAUCUUAAGCUGAUGAGUACUUCUUUUGUUGGAAGCAGACAAUAUGACCACAUGCACAACCAAAAAAUAAAUGAAAUGAUUCAUCCAAAGGAAGGUUCAGGUAAGAUGCCACAGAAUACCAGCCAACCAACAAUGCGUUUAAUGGGGAAAGAUGUUGCAAUUGGUAAAAGUAGCACAGAAAUGCUAGGAAAGGAAGAAGGAAAUGUGUGGACCGAUAAAGAAAUUAUAGUAGAGCACUGUCCACCAGUUGCUGGCCUGGAUUGUUCUUCAUUGAAAAGAAAUUUUAAGGAGUGGAUUCCACAGAAGUGUAAAGAAAAUGUGGGGCAGUCUCUAGAAAUACACAGUGGGAAGUCUACUCAAAACAAUUUACCGAUGAAAGCUCCAGAGUCUAGUUUUCUUUUUCCUUUCCUUGACUGGGAAACUAAUUCCUUAAUUCCAAGCGGUAGCCUUGCUACCGACAGAAGUGCUAGUGCUAAUUCACUCCCUUUCUCCCGUUUACCUCAUUCAUCUUCAGUAUUCAAUCGGGAACCCAAUUUCCAGGACUUCUUCAUUUCAGGAACUGAAUCACGACUUGGUUCUCAACUUCCGGUGGUAUCUACUCCACAGAAUUCUUGGCAGUAUAUGGAUUGGAGACCAACUGAGCUCACUCACCAGAAGAACUUACCCCAUUUUACAAAACCUGGAUUUGAGUUACCUUUCUUAAAUCCAGAUUCUAGGGUAGACGUCCAAUCCUCAUGGUUCCAGAACUCCAAGAACCUGCCCUCUUGGAUGUUACAUACAAGGCAACAUGGAAAAACAUCAAUGAUUUCUUCUCAAUUGAUUCCAAGUGCAAUAAGCAAACAGCAUCAGCACAUUUCAUCCAGAACAAGUUUUCUCAACACCCCGUCUGUAUACCAUUCAGGAGAAGCUGCUCCUUUUUCUUGCAAUUCAGGAAGCACUUCACAUUUGCAAAUGAGGAGCUCACUUGAUUCAGCAGGCACUAUCGCUCUCUCACCAAUUGUUCCAGUCAUCCCCGGGUUAAAACCAACAUCUGUCAUUGAUGCAGGCUAUAGAAAUAGAUUGAAGGUCAAAGAAAGACUUAAAUCAAAAGCUUUGGGCGUCAAAGACCUUUAUCCUUGCAAAAAAACGAACAAGAGACUUGAUACCAUAUCGGUUGAUCUAUUGAAGUCCACAGGAAUUCCGAACUCAGAAAAGCAAGCAAAUUUGAGUGCUAUGGCGAGAUGCACAGAGAAUUCAAACAAUGAAAGGCAAUCUGAUAUGGGGGAAGAAUACCUUCAUUCAAACAAGUAUUAUUUAAGUGAAUUUCGUAACAGUGGAAUCAAAAUAUCCAGCAAUGAAUCUUCGAAUGUGGAUGGUUCAGGAAGACCAGGUCCUACGAAACUAAGUGCUGGAGCAAAGCACAUUCUGAAACCGAACCAAAAUGUUGAUCCAGAAAACUUGACGCCUGUCCACUCUACCAUUCCCUUUACUGUCGUACCUAAUCCUAAUGCAAAUAAGGGGCCUGAGUCUCAGAACAAAUCAACAAAAAUCUACAGGUUUUAGAAUUAACUAGUAGGAGAGACUGCUCAUAUCUGACUACAUGGGCCUCCAAGUUCGAAGACCCUGAUCAGUAGCAACAAUCCAACAUGUGGGAAAUAUUCUACCAUGGUUAGAAUCUAUGCCAAAGUCUUGUUUCUUUAUGUGUGGCAUUUGUAAUAUUAUAUAUGUUUGUGUAUUAGGUGGCUUUUAUGCUUGCUGUAAACUUAAAUUUUUCGUAUUUUGUUUUCCCUUCUAUUUUCUUUUCUUCCAGCUUAAAUUAUAAGAAUAGGAAUAUUCAAAGUGUUUUCAUCUAGUAUUAAAGGAGAAUAUCGCAUUAGACUCGUUAUUAUA